GCUUUUUCCCGCGCGUCACGUGACUCAGCCGAUAAGUCAAAACAAAUAUCCUAACCUCUAAUUUGUCAAAAAGAUCCGGAGUUUUAUUUGUGUGUGAUAUUGAUUACCUUUAAUUUUAUACUUACAAUUAAGAAUGCAAGUAGGAAAAGUAGGCACACUGUUAGUCAACAAUUUUCGCAAAACGAUUUAUCAUGGACAAUUAAGGUUGAUGUCGAGCAAUACAGUUGUCAAGUCAUUACUUUACAAAGAAUAUGGAGAACCUGCUGAGGUCAUUCAAAUAACCACAGAUUCUCUUCCAUCACCCGGUGAUAACCAAGUUGCUGUGAAAUGGCUUUACUCACCUGUGAAUCCGGCUGACAUCAAUACCAUACAGGGCAAAUAUCCUAGUAAACCACCUUUGCCUGCAGUACCAGGCAAUGAAGCUGUCGGAGAAAUAGUUGCUGUAGGUCCCAACACAGAGGACUUAUGUGUAGGUGAUAGAGUUGUUCCCAAUGGACUCAACAAAGGAACAUGGAGGACUCAUGCGAUAUACAAAUCUCAAGAAAUGAUCAAAAUCAAGAAAGAAAUGGAUACAGUUGAAGCUAGUAUGCUUAAUGUAAAUCCUUGUACAGCAUAUAGAAUGUUGAAAGAUUUUAUACCUUUGAAGACAGGUGAUACUGUUAUUCAGAAUGGUAGCAAUUCAGCUGUAGGACAAAUGGUAAUCCAAUUGUGUAAAAUUUGGGGUAUCAAAAGUGUGAAUAUUGUUCGAAAUAGAUCUGAUGUACAAAGCUUGAAGGAUCAACUUAUGGCAUUAGGUGCUUCUGUAGUAUUAACAGAAGAAGAAUUAAGGACAACGGAUAUGUUCAAAAGUAAAAAGUUACCAAAGCCAUUAUUGGCAUUAAACUGUGUAUGUGGUAAAAAUGCUUUGGAAGUUCAAAGGCAUUUAGGUAAUGGUGGUAUCAUGGUUACAUAUGGAGCAAUGUCAAGAGAGCCAUUGACAAUUCCAGCUUCAUCUUUGAUUUUCAAAGAUGUUAGCUUCAAAGGCUUUUGGAUGUCAGCAUGGACCAUUAAAAAUGCAGAAUCAGCAGAGCGACAUAAAAUGUACGAUGAGCUACAAGCCCUAUUUGUAGAGAAAAAAUUGCAAGCUCCACCACAUCAAUUAGUUCCAUUUAAUGAAUACCAGGUAGCUGUCAAUAAUGCCCUCGCGCCCGGAGGUCAAAAGAAUGUAAAGUACAUUUUAGAUUUAACAAAGGGUGUGUAAAUAUAUUUUCACUUCUCUAAAGCAGAUUAUUACGAGAUUAUUAGCAAAAGAAAAUCAAAAAACUUGUUCAAAGUUUUACUUGAUUUUAAUAAAAAUAUUGAAAAAUAGUCUACCUGUGAUAUAAAAACAAUUUGUAAUAUUAGUCAAGGCUAGCAUUAUCUAUGAUGAACGAAUAAAAAUUAAUUUUUUAAUGUUUUGUAUCCAUAUCUUACAAUUGAAAGUCAUUUAUUCUACGUUGUAUUUUAAAAUUAAUUACUUUUACAUUUUAUUUAAGCUUCAUUCAAAAUUAUAUCUAACCAUUAUUUAACGCUAAUUUUAGUGUUAUCAGCCCUUAUGCAUAUUUAAAAAAAUAAUAUAUUAUCUAGAUAAGCGCCUAUGACUGCUUUCAGGCAUAGGAAAGGCCAUAUUCAAAGUUAACUUUUCUUCCUUCGUGGGAACACCGUAUUUUUCACCCAACAAGGGGCAUGAAAGAGCUUUUUUCAUGCAUGAAAUUUUUUAGAUAAUCAUGUAUUUCAAUUUCGUAAACCAGAAUUAAAGAAAUGGGUCCUCAGAUUAUGUAUUAAAUAAAUUUUAAAGUAUG